AUGGGAUUGAAGUAUGGAUGCGCGGUGGAGGACGUGAUCACAGGACUAAUAAUUCACUGCAGGGGUUGGCGAUCCGUCUACUUCAAUCCCGAGAGAAAAGGCUUCUUAGGAGCUUCACCCACGACAUUACUACAGACACUGGUGCAGCACAAAAGAUGGAGCGAGGGUAAUCUCCAAAUCGUCCUCUCCAAGUACUGUCCUCUGUUCUACGGCCAUGGCAAGCUCAAGCUCGGACAUCGAAUGGGCUACUGCAUCUACGGUCUGUGGGCUGCCAAUUCCAUCCCCACUCUGUUCUACCUCACAAUCCCGUCCCUGUUCCUACUCAAAGGCGUCUCGUUGUUCCCGGAGGCAUCCAGUCCAUGGUUCGUUCCCUUCGCCUACGUCGCAGCAGCUAAAAAUGCGUACAGUCUGGUGGAAUCCUUAGUCAGCGUCGAUACGUUGGUGGGGUGGUGGAACAUCCAAAGGAUGUGGAUGCUGAAGAGGACGACUUCGUACCUCUUCGCCACCAUCGAUAACAUGCUGGAGCUGGUGGGGGCUUCCAAGGCGGCGUUUGCGAUCACGGCGAAGGUAGCGGAGAACGACGACAGUGCGAAGAGGUACGAGCGGGAGGUGAUGGAGUUCGGAACGACGGCGUCGGCGGGGGAGAUGUUUGUGAUAAUUGGGACGACGGCGUUGAUCAAUCUGGCCAUGGCGUGUUUGGUGGUUGGAUUGCAGAGAGCAGUUGCGAAUCAGUCGUUGGGAGGGCUGUUGAUUCAGAAUGUGGUGUGUGGGUUGGUGGUGGCAUUGAAUUUGCCGAUCUACGAGGCGAUGUUCUUGAGGAAGCUAAGGACGAGGGGAGGAUGA